AUGGAGCCGAGUUGCUAUGAGAGGAUCGCGGCCCUGAGGAGCAUCGGGGAUCAUUGCGUCUAUGCGGAUGAAUUCUGGCUCCUGCUCCAGAAGAAGAAUGCCCCCAUUUGCUACGUUUGGUUUGAGCCAACCCCCUGGAUGGACAUAACCCAGGGGCUUCUGAAGACAAUUUAUGUCAACAAGAUGGUCAAAGCUGGUUACAUAGUUAAAAUAUUGAUAGCAGAUUGGUUUGCCCAACGGAACCAUAGGAUUUGCAGCAAUAAAUAUGUAAUAAGGAAAAUUGGCUUCUACAAUAUUGAGAUGUGGAAAGCAGCUGGCAUGGAUCUUGACAGAGUAGAGCUUGUAUGGUUCUCAGAUGUGUUGGAAAGGCAUGCAUCUGAUUACUGGCCACUUGCCCUGGAUGUCUCCAGAAAAUGCACUCUAAAAAGAAUGGCAAGCUGUUGCACGGAAACAGCCCCAUAUGACCCGCGACUGCCUGCUGCUGUGAUAUUUUACCCAUGCAUGCAAGUUGCUGCUAUAUUAUGUCCGAAGUUGCAGGCGGAUAUAUGGCUCUUCAGCAUGGAUCAGCAAGAAAUUGUCAUGCUAACCAGAGAGUAUUGUGAAGACAUAAAAAGCGAAAGCAAACCAACUAUUAUGUUUACAGAUACACUACCUAAUUUAGUAGAUAAUCCUUAUAUUGUACUAAAGGACCCUUAUAACAUGAGGGAACCAAAAUGGAACAUCUUCAUGCACGAUAAGGAGUGCGCUUUGAAUGGAAAAAUAAGCAGGGCUGUCUGUCCUCCAAAAGUAGCAGUAUGCAACCCAUGUUUGGAGUACAUCAAAUAUGUUAUGUUCCCUUGGUUUGGGAAGUUUGAGGUAGCGCAGAAGGAACAGAGUGGUGUUAACAAGUCAUUUGAAUGCAUGGAAGAUCUUAUUGUUGAUUAUGAAAGUGGCGAUCUUGAUCCUCUCAACGUUAAGUUGGCUUUUGAAAAAGGAAUAUGCAAAAUAUUAGAGGUAAUUAUUGCUUCCUUAUGA